GGGGUGGGCACUUCCGGUCCGCCCUGCAGUAUCGUCUGUGGCUCAGCAGUUAAAGGUGGAUCUCCUGUUCUGUGUACUGGGCUGUGACUAGUUGCUGGGAGCCAGACGCGAGCGUGUAAGCACGGAAUCCGCCAUGGAUGCAGUGACCUAUGUGGAUGUGCAUGUGAACUUCACUCAUGAAGAGUGGGCUUUGCUGGAUCCUUCCCAGAAGAGUCUCUACAAAGAUGUGAUGCUGGAAACUUACUGGAACCUCACUAUUGUAGGGUAUAAAUGGGAAGACCACAAUAUUGAAGAACAUUAUCAAAAUUCUUUAAGACAUGGAAGGUGUGUCAUCUGUCACUCUGGAUACAAUCCAUGUGAACAUAAGGGGUAUGGAAAGAAGCAUUGUACUUCUGGCACACUAUACUAUGAGUAUAAUCAAAGUUAUAAAGCCUUUGCAUGUGACAGUCUUCAUCAUCAAGUACAUAGAAUUCAAACUCCAGAGAAAUACUAUGAAUGUAAUCAAUGUAGUAAAGCCUAUGUACAGAUGAGUGAUCUUCACAGACAUGAAAGAAUUCAUACUGGAGAGAAACCCUAUAAAUGUAAUCAAUGUGGUAAAGCCUUUGCACAGAAGAGUAAUCUUCAAAGUCAUGAAAGAAUUCAUACUGGAGAGAAACCCUAUAAAUGUAAUGAAUGUGGUAAAGCCUUUGCAAUGAAGAGUUAUCUUCUCAACCAUGAAAGAAUUCAUACUGGAGAGAAACCUUAUGAAUGUAAUCAAUGUGGUAAAGCCUUUGCACAGAAGAGUACUCUUCAAAGUCAUGCAAGAAUUCAUACUGGAGAGAAACCUUAUGAGUGUAAUCAAUGUGGUAAAGCCUUUGCAAAAAAGGGUUGUCUUCUCACCCAUGAAAGAAUUCAUACUGGAGAGAAACCCUAUGAAUGUAAUCAAUGUGGUAAAGCCUUUGCAUUGAAGAGUCAUCUUCACAAUCAUGAAAGAAUUCAUACUGGAGAGAAACCCUAUGAAUGUAAUCAAUGUGGUAAAGCCUUUGUACAGAAGAGUAAUCUUUUAGGUCAUGAAAGAAUUCAUACUGGAGAGAAACCAUAUAAAUGUUACCAAUGUGGAAAAGCCUUUGCACAGAAGAUUAGUCUUCAAAGUCAUGCAAGAAUUCAUACAGGAGAGAAACCCUAUGAAUGUAAUCAAUGUGGUAAAGCCUUUGCAACAAGGAGUUAUCUUCUCAACCAUGAAAGAAUUCAUACUAGAGAGAAACCCUAUGAAUGUAAUCAAUGUGGUAAAGCCUUUGCAUUGAAGAGUCAUCUUCACAGUCAUGAAAGAAUUCAUACUGGAGAGAAACCCUAUGAAUGUAAUCAAUGUGGUAAAGCCUUUGUACAGAAGAGUAAUCUUUUAGGUCAUGAAAGAAUUCAUACUGGGGCGAAACCCUAUAAAUGUGACCAAUGUGGUAUAGCAUUUGCAAAGAAGAGUAAUCUUCGUCAUGAAAGAAAUCAUACUGGACAGUACCAUGUGGAUGUAAUCAAUGUGGUAAUUUCAGAUGUGAGCUUCCAUGUGGGUGCUGGAAACUGAAUUAUGUUUUCUACAAGAGGUACUUGCUGGAGUCCGGUGUCAUAGGACUUCAGGUCCCAAAGAAGAGAUCAGGUAUCAGUAGAAGAAGGAGACUGCCAUGAUCUGAGUGUGAAGCAGUAUAGCUGCUGCUUUAUUGAAAAAUGACUGCACAUUUUAUACUCUAUCACUGAAUCUUAGUUUAGACUCAAGCAGGUUAAAAACAGACUUAAUGAUUCCAGGAUAAAAGCAGCCAUCAACCUCAUUACAGCAUUUUUCCUGAGGCAAAAAGUGUUAAAUUCAGCAAGUAUCUCCAUGCCUUUCUGGAUGUGAACCCAUUGUUUCCUUUCAUAGUUGCUUUCAUCCUUGGAACUAGGUGUAUCCAGUUAGUAAAUCAUUAAGUUCUCUAUUUUGGUGUAAUCAGGGGGACACAAUGGGGAGUAGGCAUAGUAAUCACAUUGUUGGUUCCAUGGUGGUGGGAUUUUUUCCAAGAAUUUUGUUUAAAGAGACUGCCUUUCCUAUGUAUAUGUUCCCGUCCUCCAGUGUAGCCAGCAAAAUAAAUUUCCCACAGUAAAAGGCAUAAGGAAACUCCAUAACAUAUAGUGAGAAUUAUUAAAAUUGAAAUAAAAAUGAUGCUGGAGAAUUAAGAUCGGCAA